UAUUUGAUAUUAGCCAAAUUAAAUACUAAAUAUAUUUUUCCCUAUUUCAUAUGUUUAUGUGUGUGUGUGAUAGGCUUGCCUCAUUUAAAGGAUUUGGAACAUCUAGAAUUGGAUGAGUCUAUCAUCAACAACAACAUUCUACAAUCAAUUGGAGUAAUGUCUUCUCUUAAGAAAUUAUCAUUGAGUAGUUGUGAACUUAAUGACACGAAGUUUUUAAACCAAGGUGUGUGUAAACUAAAACAACUCCAAGAGUUAGACAUUUCCAAUAAUGAAAUCAGCGGUAGCUUGCCUUUAUGUCUAGCCAACUUGACAUCUCUUCAAUUUUUGUAUCUCUCUUCCAAUAAUUUCAUCGGAAACAUCUCUUUAUCUGCACUUAGAGGUUUAACGAACCUUGAACAUCUAGCUAUCUCAGACAAUCUUUUCCAAAUCCCAAUCUCAAUGAGUCCAUUUUUCAACCAUUCAAAACUCAAAUUCUUUGAAAAUGAGGGUACAAAUAAAAUAUAUGUAGAAACAAAUGAUCAAAAUUUGACCCCAAAGUUUCAAUUAGAUGAUCUCUAUUUCUCUGGUUAUGCAUGCGGUGGAGUAUUCCCCAAAUUCCUCUAUCAUCAACACAAUCUACAAUAUGUUGAUCUCUCAAGCUUGAAAAUGGGAGGAGGGUUUCCAUAUUGGUUGUUAGAAAACAACACAAAACUACAAGGCCUUUAUUUAAAAAACAAUUCCCUUUCAGGACUUCUUCAAUUACCACAUCAUUCUCAUAUGAAUUUGUUAGUGUUAGAUAUCUCAGAUAAUUUCUUCCAUGGCAAUAUUCCACUGCAGAUAGGAACAUAUUUGCCGAGAUUGAGAUAUAUGGACUUGUCUUCAAAUGAUUUCAAUGGUAUCAUUCCCUCUUCAUUUAGAAAUAUGAGCUUAUUGCGAAGCUUAGACUUAUCCAAUAAUAGUUUGUCAGGUACUAUACCUAAGCACUUAACCAUGGAUUGUGUCUCAUUAAGGGAAGUUUAUUUGUCUGAAAACCAGCUACAAGGAUCAUUGGAAGAUGCAUUUUGUGAUUGCCCUGAAUUGGUUGUGCUAGAUCUUAGCCAUAAUAAUAUGAUUGGAAGCAUUCCAUCAUGGAUUGGAAGAUUUUCUCAAUUGAGCUAUAUGAUCUUGGGUCAUAAUAACAUUGAAGGAGAAAUCCCAAUUCAAUUAUGCAAUUUGACUCAAUUAAGUUUGAUUGAUCUUUCGCAUAAUAAUCUCUCUGGUCAUAUUCUCCCUUGUCUAAGAUCUACAAGUAAUUCAUAUAUGCCAACAGAAGAUAUUCUUAGUAUGGAUGAAGCUUUAGAGUUUACAACAAAGAGUAGAUCCUAUUCUUACAAAAGAGGUAUGCUAUCUUAUAUGUCUGGAAUUGAUCUCUCAUGCAACAAUUUGACAGGCCAAAUUCCUAUCCAAAUUGGAAACCUCAAUGAGAUCCAUGUACUAAAUUUGUCCCAUAACAAUUUGAUAGGAAAAAUCCCAGCAUCAUUUUCCAACUUAAGCCAAGUUGAGAGCUUGGAUCUUUCAUACAACAACUUGCAAGGCCACAUCCCUUCCCAGCUCACUGAGUUAAAUUUUUUGGAAGUUUUCAAUGUGUCAUACAAUAAUUUAUCUGGUAGAACACCUGAAAGGGUUGCACAAUUUGCAACAUUUGAUGAAAGUAGCUAUCGAGGUAACCCUCUUCUUUAUGGAUGGCCAAUGCAAAAGAAUUGGAUUGUAAUGGUAUCUCCUCCAUCAACUUCAAGAAGUUCAAUUAACGAUGAAGAAAGUAAUUUUUUCAUGGAUAUGGGUGUUUUCUAUGUGAGUUUUGGGGUGGCUUACAUUAUGGUCUUAUUGGCAAUUGUUAGCUUCUAUUCAUAA